UUUAGAGAGAGAUAAGAAAAGGGGGGAGUUUUUAGUAGACAAAAGGGAGAGGCUGAGAUUACCAAAUUGAAUGCUUUACCAAACUCACAUAACCAUCUCUUCUUGACCCAUUUUUUUUUUUUUUUUUCUUAUUCUUUUAAGAUCUUUUCUUCUUCUUCUUCUUCUUCUCGCCACCGCUCCUUCCUCCUCGUCUCUCUCGUUCGUUCUUAUUCUGUUCUCAAGGUACUUUUCCCUAAUUCCUCUCCUCCUGUGUUUGUCUUUUGUUUUAGGGUUUUCUUUCGUUCAAGGGUCUCUCUCUCUCUCUCUCUUACUCUCUCUCUCUCUCGUAUGUCUCUUGAAUUUGGUUUUUCAUUUCAGUCACGUGACUUACUCUGUUUUGUGUGGGUCGUUUUCCGGUCUGCUUCUUUUUUUUUUUUUUUUUGGGGUUCGCAAUUUUCAUUUUUAUUUUCUCUCGUUCUUUCUCUUGGAAUUGGGGAAAAAAGGAACGUUUUUUUUACGUUUCGUUUGAAAAAAAGAAUGUGAAUUUAUAUUUGAUAUCAAAGAUUGAAUUCUAUUUUCCUUUUGUUGUUGUUGUUGUUGUUGUUGUUGUUUAGGGUUUUCUCGAUAGGAAAAAUGGAACAAGCAGCGUUGAAGAGCAGCAUCAGGAAAGAGAUGGCUUUCAAAACCACUCCUCCGGUUUUCGAAGACUUUCUUGCCGUCACCACCACCACCACCGCUCAGAAUGCCGACGAUUUCUCCGUUGACGACUUGCUUGACUUGUCUAACGACGACGUUUUCGCCGACGACGACACUGUCCUCCUCAACCCUCAAGAACAUCAAGACAUGGCCCGUGACGAACUCAACGACGUCGCCGGUGACGCUCUCCCUCGUCGGAGCAACGACUUCUCCGGCUGUGACGACUUCGGAAGCGAACUCUCUGUUCCGGCGGAUGAUUUAGCCAACCUUGAGUGGCUAUCUCAUUUCGUGGAGGACUCCUUCACGGAAUACUCGGGUCCAAACCUCACUGGAACCCCGAUUGAGAAACCGGCGUGGUUGACUGGUGACCGUAAACACCCUGUCACUCCUGCCACGGAAGAGUCCUGUUUCAAAUCCCCUGUUCCGGCUAAAGCCCGUAGCAAACGUCACCGCAACGGAGUCAAGUCCUGGUCACUUGGUUCAUCGUCCUCUUCCGGUCCUUCCUCGUCCGGUUCGACCUCCUCCUCCUCCUCUUCCGGUCCUUCCAGCCCGUGGUUCUCCGGCUCUGAGCUGCUCGAUCCUAUGGUCACGUUGGAGAGGCCACCCUUUCCCAAGAAGCAUAAGAAAAGGUCUGCCGAGUCAGCUUUCUGCGGUCAGCUGCUGCAGCCUCAGCGGAGGUGCAGCCACUGCGGCGUUCAGAAAACUCCCCAGUGGAGAGCCGGCCCAAUGGGAGCUAAGACCUUGUGCAAUGCGUGCGGUGUCCGGUAUAAGUCGGGUCGUUUACUACCCGAAUACAGACCCGCUUGUAGCCCGACAUUCUCGAGUGAGCUCCACUCCAACCACCACCGGAAAGUCAUGGAGAUGAGGCGGAAGAAGGAGCCAGCCAGUGACAACGAAACCGGUUUAAACCAGCUGGUUCAGUCCCCACAAGCUGUACCAAGUUUUUGAAGAAAUAGGGCCUUAAUUAGAGCAGAGAUUUAGGAUCCGAACCGGUUCAGUUGUUAGCCCCAAGUUAGUUUCUCAUUGACUUGUUCUCUUGUAUAUUACUUUCAUUAUUUUUAGCAUUUACUUUUCCUUUCUUUUUUCAUGCUAGGAGUCUCGGUAAGUUCUUUAGUAACUGAUUAGGUCAAAAACUCAGUUGUAUUGUACUCUUUUUCGCUUCAACUUUUUUCAGUUUAAAUUUUCUCAUUUCAAUGUU